GCAAACCCAUCACCAAUAACACCUUUCUUCCCUAUCUUCUACAUUUAAGCCGAUUCAUCAACCUUUUCAACUUGAGAUGCCCCUUUUCUCCACUCACUUUGUUUCACAUUGCUGCUAAAGCAAAAUUCUUUUUUUUUUGGUUCACCUCAGCAUACAUACAAUAGCAUAUGAUGAAGAAGAACAACCUCAGUUGCUGUGUGUUGUUGCACUUCCUUUGCUGUUGUCUCCUUUUGCCAGCUCUUGUUCUCUCCCACCACAUCCAUGGAAACCCUGCAAGUAACAUUGUUGACAUUAUAAACAAGAAUCUAACAGAUCAGAAGCUUCCUCGCUUGAAUGACAGCCCUGGUCUAGGGUGCAUGGCCUUACAAUACGUCGAAUUAUGCAAAGGGAACUGCACUGACAACAAUGUUGUAAACUGCAAACCUCCUGAAGAUGACUUCACCGAAGUGUUUGCUCCCAACUGCGGUGUAGAGCUACCGACUUUUGGCACCAUAACCGGACACAUAGUGGGCUGUCAAAGAAAGUAUCUCGAGCCAUCACUAGCAUUUUCUGAAGUUCUCAUCAAAGAUGAGAAAUCUUUGUCUCUUCUGAAAAACAAAUCACAUACUGAGGUGGGAGUUGGCCUGGUUGGACUCCACAAAGGACCUUUCUUUUGGUGCGUUUUGUUUAGCAAUGGAAAGACAAACUCUACAUUUGUGCUUGAAAAUCAUGGUGCGGGAAUCCAGCAAAAAAAAGGGUGUUAUAGUGGGAGUACUACUCCGUGCAGUAGGGGGCAGAAAAGUAGGGUUGCAUUUUUUAACAUCUUUUUCAUGUGUUAUGUCUCCAUUUUGCUGUUUAAACUUUGGUGAUCAACUUAAAAUAAUGCAACAUCUUCACGCAACAAUUAUUGAAUUAGUUUUCUUUGUUUUGUUCAUUCUUAUGAAUUGUUUACUGUGUAUGCUGGCUGUGUUUCACUUGGGAUUUUUAUGCUUAAGGAAGCUUUUCACGC